AUGAGUAAACUAAAUGUAUGGCACGCGCUACUUGGUUUGAUUUCCAUAACAAUCGUCACGGGUCAAAAUUGUUCAACGUAUGAUCCAUGUGGACGUUAUGGUUAUUGUGGCGAUGAUGUUAAUGGUAACUGGGAAUGUCAAUGUAAAUUUUGGUGGACUGGCACGCUUUGCAAUAAACAAUCCAGUAGUGGUAUACAAGUUAUUGUACUGGGUGUUUUAGUAGGUGUUCUACUUAUUAUUUUUUAUGGACUAUCUAUUUUUUUUUCAACUCGCAGAAAUAAACAAGAACCAACGAUAGAUAAUAAAAGAAAUGAUCAAAAUAUUGGAUUAAAUCCUAAUUUGACACAUGUAGUGAUAGUUAAUGUUAAAAAAUCAGCUCGUCUUUCGUCUUGUUUUAUUGCUAUUCUUAUGUUAAUAGUAACGACAGUAGCAUUAGUCACAAAAUGGUCACUUGUACAACCAAUUCAUAAUGAAUUAGUAAAAAAAUAUCAAGAACAAGAUUUAUUAUUCUAUACAAGAAAGUCAUUUUGUCGUUUAAUCGACUACGAAGAUUUCAAUAUGUUAACAUUUCCCAUAGCUUGUCUACUUCUAAUAAUAUUUAUCAUUUUUUCAAAACGAACUUCAUGCAUGCGACAGAAAUUGAAAGGUUAUAUUGCACCUGUUAUACCAAUUGAUUUUUAUAUGCAUAUAAAAAGAAAAUUUGCUGCUGUAGUAUUUGCUAUCAUUGCUGAUGAACUUGUGGAUAUUGUUAGUCAAGUUCUUCUUGGUGAAACAUCGAAUGAUGAUGGUGUCAUUGUUGUUUAUAUAUUACGAAUAGCAAAAGUAUUAGUUAUUGGUCUUCGUUAUUAUCCAGUAUUGUCUGCUGUUUAUAUUGAUUCAAUUUUAUCACUUUUGUGUGCAACUUUCUAUGCCUGGCUCGAUUUUAGUCUUACCAUAGUUGAUCAAAGUUUAUGUCAAAGUGAUUUUUAUCCUUCUGAUGAUAACUUUGAUGAUACUAAUGGAACAGAUCUUGAAAUAUUAUUUAAUUACUAUGGUACAGGUCAUAAUUUAAUACUUAUUACAAUUCUUAGUGAUAUUCCUCGAUAUAUAUGUUGGUCAUAUAUUGUUAUCAAAUUACCAAUGUUAUUAAUAACAAAAAUUCACAGAACAAUAAAACAUAAACAAGAAAAUCGACCUAAUCGUUUACAUUUAACAAGAGAAGAAAAGAUUCUCCUACAUUCAUCAGCUCCUCAUUCUGUUGAGAUGACAUACGUACGAAAUCUUUUUCGAUCAAUCAAUCAACGUUCAACAUCUCGUUCGUUUCUAGCACGUUUAAUACCAAAGUUUAUCUAUCAAUGGCGCGAUGAUUUUCGUUUUUCAUCACGAAUACUUUGUAUUUACUCAACAAUAUUUCUUGUUUUAGUUUCCAUAACAAUACAAGCAUGCAUACUUGUCUUACCAUAUAUGGAUAUUAUGCAACAGUAUCUUCAACAACAAGUUGACACAUUAACUGGAGUAAGUAGUUUGAUCGGAGUACAAAGAGAAUUUCCAUUGCCAAACUUCGUUCCACCAUAUGUUAUUGCUAUAUUAGCAGCAUUUAUUAUAACAAUAAUUCAAUUAUUAACUUUAUUAGCAAAUAUUCGUCGAAAUUUAUUGCAAAUAUUUCGUGGUGAUGAUUCAGAAAUUCCAGUGAGAAGUAAAUCUAAAUAUCUUAGUUAUACAACAGGUAAUUUUCAUUUUGCUGGCUUCUUUAUUGGUUAUGUUAUAUGGGGUUAUAUUUUAACUGCUGUAUUUGCUUUUAUUGUAUGUAUAUGUAUUGAUGCAUUCAUGACUUAUGGUAGUGUGAUGUUUCUUGAAAAAAUUCUUAAAAGUAUAAUACCAGUAUUGUUAUUAAUUAUUUUCAAACAAUAUCUUAAUAAAUUAUUGGCAAGAUAUGCUUUUUUACAACAUUAUGGAGAUGUAUUAGCAAUCAAUAAUAGAAGAAUAUUAAUGAUAUUUUUAUAUUUUAAUUUCUUUCUUGAUUCAUUUCUUGGUUUUAUAUCAUCAAUAAUACGUAUUAUUCAAAGUGUUAUUGGUGGAUGUUUAUAUAUGUCUCGUCUGGAUUAUUCACCAAUGGGUAGAAAACUUGAAACAUUCGACUCAGGAUUUUCUGCUUAUUGUGGUUUUAUUCAUAUUGAAGCUGUACAUAGAAAUUCCAUAAUGUUAGUAGUUGUGGGUCAUCUAUAUAGUGCAAUGAAAGCUAAACAAUAUCUAGCUAAAUCUUCAACAAUAAUAGUAAAAAGUAGCAAUCCAAGAAACAAAGAUUAUUCAUCAAAAGCAAUUCGAAAGUGGCAUCUAGCAGUACUUUUAUUACGCAAUCCACGAUUGACAUUUUUAAGAAAACAUGCUCUACUACUUCUUCAAAAUGAAGAUAAACAAGUCAAAGCUUUAAAUACAGCAACAAGAUUAUCUUAUAGUGAACAGCAACGUCAUCGAUUUAGUCUUAUUUCAGAAAAUGACUUAGAACAUGCAUGGCAAAAAAAUAUUAAUUGA